AUGCUGCCACCGGGAGACCCCGAAGACGCAGACAACUCCAUCUUAAGGCGCAAAAGGCGGGCCCCUGCUUCUCCGCUGCAGCAAGCAGCGCAGCAGCAGCAGCAGCAAAGCGAAGAUGCUGCAGCACUUGAAGACAGUUUGAUGGCGCUGCUGCUGCCAGAGGGGGCCUCAGCAGCAGCAGAAGCAGCAGCAGCAGCAGCAGACUCCGACGCCGCCUCCAACUCCGCCUUAGCGGAGCUCGCGGGGCUCUCCCCCACCGCCCUGGGGGGCCCCCUGGGGCCCCCGGGGCCCCCAGGAUCUCCGGGGGCCCCCGGGACCCCCGGGGCCCCCGGGGCCCCGGGGGCCCCCGGGCUCUCCCCCAGUGCAGCAGCAGCUGGGGGCGGGCACGAGCUGCUGUCGGUGGGCGGCGGGGGCGCAGCAGCAGCAGCAGCAGCAGCAGCGGUUGCUGCGGGCGCGGCGCAGCAGCAGCAGCAGCCGGUGCAGGUGCAGAACGUAAUAGCCAGCGGGCGGUUCGUGCUGGAGGGCCCGCGGGGGUCUUUAGACCUCCGCAGAAUUGCAAUUAGCUGCAGAUUUGCAGAGUACAACCCGCGGAAGGUGAACGCAUGCAUAGUGCGGCUGCGGCGGCCGCGCUGCACCGCCAUGAUAUUCCGAUCAGGCCGAGUUAUGCUCACCGGCGCCCAGAGCGAAGCCGCGGCGCUGCGGGCCGCGCGGCUGCUGGUCAAAAUGCUGCAGGCCAUAUUUUGCCCCAAACCGCCUGUUGCUGCUGCUGCUGCUGCUGCUGCGGAGCCGCAGCAGCUGCUGCAGCUGCUGCAGCUGCCGCCGCCGGAGACGCAGGAGGCGCCGGGGGACCCGGCAGCAGCAGCAGGGCCCCUGGCGCUGCUGUCCGAGAGCAGCGAGAGCAGCACUGCAACAGCAGCAGCAGCAGCAGCAGCAGGAGCAGCCUCCGCGCCAGCAGCAGCAGCCGCCGCUGCUGGUGCUGCUGCUGCUGCUGCUGCAGCCCCCGAGCAGCAGCAACUGGCAGUGCGAGAGGGGCCCCCCUCCCCUGAAAAGGCCCUGGGGGCCCCAGCAGCCGCGCAGGGGGCCCCCCAGAGUAGCACAGAGAACUGCAGCAGCAAGCAGAUCUGCAGCAGCAAACAGAGCAGCAGCAGCAGCAGCAGCAAACAGAACUGCAGCAGCAUAAGGCUCGCGGACUUCGCCGUAGAAAAUAUUGUUGCAACAGCAGACUGCGGCCUCCCAGUGAGGCUUGAGGGUUUGGCCUUCGACCACAAAGAGUUCUGCAGCUACGAGCCCGAGCUCUUCGCAGGGCUGGUGUACCGCUACAGCCCCACGCCUUCGCUGAAGGCCGUGCUGCUGAUUUUCGUCAGCGGCAAAGUUGUUAUAACUGGCUGCCGCGCGGAAGCAGAAGUUGAAGAAGUUUUUAAUUCUUUUUUUCCAGUGCUGCUCAAGUACCACACCUAG